AGCGAUGGUAAGGGUAUACCAUCGAUGGGAAGGCAUGACCGUUGGUGGUCAUUAAAGGUUGAUUCUUUCCUUGUUUGGAAGUCAACCUCCCACCCAGCGAUGGGAAGCUUGUACCCAUCGAUGGGUAGGUGACCGUUGACUUCAAAACUGAAGGAAAAUUGGCUUACCAGCGAUGGAAUUGGAGAAGAUCAAUCAACCUCUAGGCCACCGCUCUUUGAUGGCACCAACUACACAUAUUGGAAAGAGCGGAUGAGAAUAUACAUCCGCUCAACCAACUUUCAGUUGUGGCUGGUCAUCAAGAAUGGCGAGGAAACUCCAAUUAAGAAGGUCGAUGAAAAACUCGUCCCAAAGACCGAGGACGAAUUUGAUGCCGAAGACAUCAAAAAGGUGGAGAACUACGCCAAGGCUAUCAAUAUGAUGUACUGUGCCGUCAAUCCUGAUGAUUAUCGCAAGAUUUCUUGUUGCACCACUGCAAAAGAAAUGUGGGACAAACUGGAGGUCACGUAUGAAGGUACGGACCAGGUUCGGGAAGCCAAAAUUGACUUCCUAACGCAGGAGUACGAGAUGUUCAGGAUGAAGGAAGGAGAAAAGAUCGAUGACAUGUUCGAUCGGUUUUCAAAAAUCAUCAACGACCUUCACGCUCUCAAGAAGACGUACACCAACAGGGAUCUCGUGAGGAAAAUCCUGCGAAGUCUCACACCCGAAUGGAGAUCAAAGGCAGACGCAAUCUAUGAAUCCAUCGGAGUCUCAAAUGUCACCAUCGACGGGGUAAGAGGUAAUCUCAAAACUUAUGAAUCUACUAUUCUAACCCCGUCUUUGGAUGAACAAAAGAAGAAGGGUAUAGCGCUGAAAGCAACCAAGGAGUCCGUGGAAGAUGACUCAAGCGAUGAUGACAACGAGUUCGGACUCGUUAUCAAGAAGUUCCACAAAUUCAUGAAGAAAGAAUUUGAAAGAAAAGGAAGAAAGCACGACGGGCCCCCGAAGUGCUAUGGUUGUGGUGAGAUAGGCCACAUCAAGCCGAGGUGUCCAAAAAGCAAAGGCGGCAAGGACAAACCUGGCUUCAAAAAGCAACGCGCCUACAUCUCUUGGGGAGGCGACUCCGGGGAUGACAAAUUACACUCUUUCCAUCACUUUUUGGUAAGAAACGCUAUCAUGGCCGGAGGAAAAUCCAAGUCGAAGGCCUCGAAGAAGAAGACCGCCGCCGAGGCUACGAGUUCUGCCUCUCAACCUUUCCCGUACCUGGACGGAUCCUUCUUAGAGUUCGGGUCGGAAGAGGAACUCUCUCGCUUCAUCACCCACUUCGCCAAGCGCCCCAUCUCUCCGCCAAGAGUGCUGCCCGAGAUAUACCCUCAACAAAAGGGGUACCACGACCUCGACAAUCAACUCAAAGAGUCGGGUCUGUGGUCGUUCGUCUCCAGAAGCCGUCAAUCCUACAAACCCGCCUACGUCCGGGCUUUCUACUCAAAUCUCCGCCGGGACGGGGACACCAUUCGCAGCAGCAUCAAUCUCUACGACAUAGAGAUUGAUUUGGCUACCUUCGCUCGGGUCGCAGGGCUGCCCACCCGCGGUGACGACAUUGCAACAUAUGGCGGUGAUGAUUGGAUCCUCAACAACGAGGCGGUGGUCAUCCGAGAGCUGGGAAUCACCAACCUCGUCCGUCACAGCGGCGCACCAACCAUUCACUCAGCCCCGCCGGAGAAGCGUCUUCUACUCUAUAUCCUCACCCGGAUUCUUCGCCCCCGGGACGGUAGCCACACGUGCCUCUUCAACGAGGAUCUCAAGGCCGUUCAUGCUAUCACCCAUGGAGCCUCAAUCAAUUGGGCAAAAUACGUCAUGAUUCACAUGGCGGAUUGCGCCUCCAUCACCAACGAGCGGAGCUUGCCAUACGCCUUUCUCGUCGUGGACCUCAUCGUCUCCGCCGACAUCCACAUCGCCGGCCCGGAUACAAAGAUGACGAAGAUUUGGAUCAUCCAAGAUAGCACCUUCCGGAAGAAGUCCGGAGACCAAGACGGCGCCGGACCAAGUCGUGCCCGUGCACCAGCCCGUGCCCCUGCCCCCGCUCCCGCCCGGGCCUCGUUGCAAUCCAUAGCCGAUACUCUGAAUCGGCUAACCCUCACAGUGGAUGGCAUGGGGCAGUCAAUCGAGCGGAUGGAUUGGACGCUGCAACGUCAACACCAUGACAUGACGGCGUUCUUCCGCGGAAUCAACUACGUCCCGCCGCCCUUUGACAGCACCAUCCUCGGCCAGAACUAUGAAGGCGAGGACGAGGAGGAUGACUCCUAUGCUCCGUCUUCCUCCCCCGACGAGGCCGACUUUGAGGACGCGGUCGACGGGGAUCCCAUGGACGUCGAGGACGACGAGGAUGAUGAGAACGAAGACGAUGACGCCGAGGACGCUGUUGCCUAGACUCUUCUUUUCUUUCCUUUUCCUACUAUGAUUGCAUUUCUUUUACUUCCAUUCCGUUGUAUUCCGCAUUUUCCCUUAUUUUAAUAAAAGUUCACUUUUAAAUUCUAAAGUUUACUUUAAUUCUUUUUGUUAAUGUCAAAAGGGGGAAGAUAUCAAGGUUAUGCAAAAAUUGAGGGGGAAUCUUUUUAAUAAAAUGGCAUCUAUUAA